AUGUACAAUAUUCUUCGUCAGGUUUCUGUAGUGCUGGUCUUGGCUACAACCGCUUACGGCGCAGUGACAUCCAUUUCUGGGACCUUUGACAUCCUUUCACCACUACCCAACUCUAUCUAUGUUGCAGGUCAAAUAUUACCCGUUGUAUACUCUUUCUCUAGCAGUAUCGCGGCAUCACAAACUCUGCAAUUGGCCGUCUCCAUCAUCCCAAACGCUUCUAAUCAGCUAAAUGUUACCAACUUUGUCGUCACUGCCAACGCUGAUGUGUCACAGUCUGGAAAAUUGAGCAAAGGCAGAGACAAUCUCUCAUUCUACGAGAAGGCUAUCAAUUUUCCCAUUCCAAAAGAUGUCCCAGCGGGUAUUUAUGAUGUUAUAUUCACAGAUAAGUUACAGCAAACCAAUACUGUCAUUACGGUCAAAAUCAACCCACAAGCUCCCAACAUCACGACAUCCAACUUGUUUUCUCCUACAUCUGGCGGCGGCAAUAGCGUUAACGGUGAAAGCGUAGCACAGCCGUCAAGUUUCUUGUCUAGCAGCGAUGGCCAGCACUUAGCACCGGGUCUUUUGGCGGUAUGUGGGGCGAUGCUCGUCUCACUGCUCGCCCUCUAG